CCUUCUCAGAUGCACUCCCUUGUUUUAAUGCCCUGGGCCAUGACGCCCUCAAAACAUUUUAAAUCGAGCACAAAAGGCCAGACAGGACCUCCCACGAUAACUAAGACAAUCUCGGUGCCCAAGUUUCAUGAUUCUCAAAGCAACGCACAAAGUGACAGUGCGAACGAGGACGAAAAGGAGAUCAUUUUGACUAGACAGCGACCUAUCCUUGAUCUGACAGUGGAAACUGAGCAGUGUGUACUUUGUUCACGCGUACUGGGUUCUGGAACCGACCACUUAUCACGCAUUUUUCUUUUCACCGCCUGUGGCUGCGUGAUCUGCGGAGAUUGUAGCUUAGGAAGCCAUCCCGCUGACAUUCGAAAUCGUCAUCGGAUCAGUCUGCUAUACCACUGUCCUCGGCAUGAUCAUUUCAUGUAUGGGCGACAGAAAGUGCGAGAGAUCUUCGGACUGGAAUGCGCGAUUUGUCUGACCUCAGUGUCCGAAAAGUACGAGUGGCCUGCUGAUGAGAAUGAGUUGGAGGUACAAGACGAACGUGUGCGGCUUCCAUGCGGACACUGCUUCUGUCGAAAAUGCCUUCAC